CUAUCCUUGAGGUGGCCUCAAGGUCACAAAAUGGUUGCUGAAGCUACACCCAUCACAUGUUUCCCAGGUACAAAGAAAAUGACCCGCUGUGACCGCUCCACCUCUGUGGCCAAAUUCUACAGUCCCUGGCCCUCCUGUGACCCUUAGCCUUUUCUCGGAAGAUCACAAAGGACACUGACACCUCCUUGAAAAUGAACAGAAAUUAACUGUGGACAGCAAGAUGACUUUCUCAGUGUCACUCAGCAAAUCAGCAAGUGCAGGUUCGGAAGAACCCAGGUAAGGUCGACCUGUAUGUCUCUUUCCCACCCCACUGCCCCACCCCCCAUCACUGCUGGCAGGUCCCUCCAGGCUUGUCUUGAUGCCUUACAAGCACAGGUGUGGACACUGGGUGUAAGUUACUGGGCACAGCCCCGCCCGCAGGGACUGGUGAUGAGUAAGGCGGCCACUCAUCACAGGGGUCCAUGAGUGACUUGAGGGACAGCCCUAGACCAUGGCACUGCCCACCGUUGUCGGACUCCUGGGCACUCACCCUUCGCAGUGGACGGGGCGGGGUGGGUGGGUACCCGGUGAGAAGCUUAGCAACUCCAUCCAGAUGCGAAUUGUCCCUCCCACACUUCCCGGGCUGCAGGGGCCUCCAUUAGAGCCCCUGAGGGGUCAGAAUCCACACCUUCGCAAAUGGGCCCGCUUUCCCAGGGCCCCCCUGCCCAGACCUUCCCUGGGCUCUGUGGGUUUUGACACCUCUCUGUAACCUGGCGGGAGGCCACCUCACACCUUUGGUCCAGAUAAAAGCUCCGGCCCGGAGGUGGCCGGCCCAGCCUCCCAUAGCCCUCCGCCCGGCCAUGGCCCAGUCCCCUUCCCUGCAGAGCCUCGACCACUGGAUCUUACCCCAGGGUUGGCGCUGGGCCGGCCACUCGGACUCCACGUCCCCAGCCUCCUCCUCGGAUUCGUCGGGCUCGUGCCCCUGCGACGGCGCCCGCGGUCCCUCGCAGCCCGCGCUCUCCGCUCGCGGCGCCGGCGCCGCAGAGGCCGCCCAGACGGCGCCAGGACGAGCACGGCCGGGCCCGGGCGGCGGGCAGCAGCGGCAGAGCGCCAGCGAGCGCGAGAAGCUGCGCAUGCGCACGCUCGCCCGCGCCCUGCACGAGCUGCGCCGCUACCUGCCGCCGUCGGUGGCGCCCGCCGGCCAGAGCCUGACCAAGAUCGAGACGCUGCGCCUGGCCAUCCGCUACAUCGGCCACCUGUCGGCUGUGCUGGGCCUCAGCGAGGAGAACCUGCGGCGCCGGCGCCGGCGCCACAGCGACGCGGCGCUCCCUCGAGGCUGCCCGCUCUGCCCCGACGGCGGCCCCGGCCUGGGCUCAGCCGCCCCCGCCGCGGGGUCCUGGGCGUCCUCCGCCACCUGUCCCGGAGCCCCAGCGGCGCCCGAGCGCUUGGGGAGCAGGGUCCUUGACGUGGGUCGCCAGGUGACACCCCCUUACUGCCCCAGGAUGCAGUCGCUCCCGCACGUGUCCCAAGGGAGAGCCCCCGACGCGGCCCUUUGGACGCUGCCCCAAAUCCGUUCCGGGACGCUGACAUCCCCACAGCCCGGGAACCAGGCCACGCCCUGGACACCGCCUCCCGCGGCUCCGGAGCUGACUGCAGUGUACCAGGGUAUCCCUGUGUCUCCAGAGUCCUAUCUGUUGCCAGAAACCCCUCCCCUCCUGCCCCGCUCAGCAUGCCAGAGACUCCAGCCUCAGACCCAAUGGGGAUACUGGAGCCACAGUGCAGAGAUGCUCCCCAGCUCCGAGGACCAGGGAUCAGGCCCCACCCUCCAGCUCAAUGAUGAAAGCCCUCUCCAGAGCUCAGGCCUGCAGCUCAGUGGCUGCCCUGAAUUUUGGCAAGAAGAUUUAGAGGGGGGCCACCUCGGUAUCUUCUAAUGGCUUUGCUGUCCCCUUUUCAGCUGGGAGUCUGGCCUGUAGUGUGAGCACCCUCGUAUGCGACGUCAGUGGUUUUCAAACUUUCCUUUAGUCAAGGGUCCCUUUCCCAACUGAUGUCUUUCACGGAAGCAGUGUUUGAAAUAGAUAGUUGGUGGCCCCCUGGCUGGAGUUGGGGCUGGGGCAGUGCCCUCUGCUCCUAGACACCCCCCAGAAAGACCUGCAGAGCACAGCCUGAGCUGCAGUAAGACAGCAGCCGCCUGACCAUGAAGUUGGCAGGGCUGGGAGUGGUGGGGGAAUGG